AUGGACGUUGAUUGCCAGCAAUCAGUUUCAAUCAAUCAGAAGUUUGCUGUUGAGACGCCUGGUUUGUGCUGCCUUAGUGUUAAAGUGAAAUUGCCAUUAUUGGUCCCGCCACCAGAGUCAUUAUGUUCCCUGCUUUAUGGCGAAACACUAGAAUCACGAAAUUUUCUAGCGAACACUCAAAAAUACAAUGUCUGUUUCCAAAUGACUUCAUUUGGGGCGGAAAUUAUCGAAGAACACGGAUAUAAUCCAACAUUUAAGAUUCAAGGCCAGAUUUGCCAUCGCAUUGGAUCAUUGCAACCUAUAGAAGAUGCACAGUUUAAACUCUUGCAAAUAUACUUCAAGGGCAGUAGGGAAGAACAACUUGACAGGCGUCAAGGGAUCAACACAGCUACGAUUUGUGCACUUGUUUCAGGUGGGGUAACUACCAAGAAGGUUAGUUCGAUGAAUUAUUACGCAUAUCGUUUGAUGAUUCGUGAAAAUUCUGACAAUUAUUUGUUGCGAUUUCGUCGACUGCUUCAACAAUAUUGCGUUGACAUGUACGUUAAAAUCGGAACGGAGCGCUUGACUUUCAUUCCAUUGAAUCAAGCUAAAUUGCGUUUGGAAGAGUAUAUCCAUUUACGCGAUGCAAUUAGCACAGAAGGAGAUUCAGAAAACGUUGGUCGAUUGACUAUUUUACCGGCGACAUAUGUAUAUUUUAUUUUACCGCGUCAUUUGCAUGAAUAUGCGCAGGAUGCAAUGACAUAA